AUGAUGCCUUCAUGCAUUUCAUCAAUUUCGGGGGCAACACCCAAUCCUCUCCUUCUCAAGCAUCCAAAACAUGUUUCUUUGGCUCAAACAGUACAAUGCAGCCGAUAUGGAUUCAAUCGCCAUUGGCAGAAGAAUUUAAUUUCUCAUGAUCAUUGGGAAUUCUCCUCUAGAAGGGUAUCGGUCAAAGCGAUUUUGGGAACUAAAGGGAUCGAUAAAGUGGAGAUCGUAAAGGGUCGAACAGAAUUAUUGCGACCGGAGCUUGUGCCUAAACACGUAGCCGUGAUCAUGGAUGGCAACCGGAGAUGGGCCGUUGAGAAAGGUUUACCGAUUCAGGACGGUCACCGUGCCGGUGGAAAAGCAUUUACAGAAACUGUCCGCGUUCUUCAUGGCAUGGGAGUACAAGUCAUUUCAGUUUUCGCUUUUUCAACCGAAAAUUGGUCUCGUCCCAAAGAAGAGGUUGGCUUCUUGAUGAGUUUGUUUGAAGAGUACGUAGACAUGGGAUUUGAAAUAGUUGCUACAUACAACGCACGUAUAUCCAUAAUUGGCGACACUUCAAGACUUCCAAAAUCCCUGGUUGAUCGUAUAACAAUGUUAGAGGAAUUCACAAAUGACAACAAAGGAGCACAGGUGCUAAUAGCCUUGAACUAUGGCGGGAGGCAAGAUGUUGUAGAAGCGACAAAACAAAUUGCUACCAAAAUUAAGAAGGGUGAAUUAAAGGUUGAAGAAAUCGAUGAGAAAUCGUAUGAGGGAGAGAGCUGCAAACUAAAUGCGCAAAGUUGCCUUGCCCAGACUUACUCAUAA